CCUUCGAAAUUACCUCGUAGUCUGCAGGAUGCUUUUCGAAUAGGGCAAGAACUUCAGGUCCGGUACAUAUGGAUCGAUGCGCUUUGCAUCCUUCAAGACUCCGAAGAAGAUUGGUUGCACGAGUCUGCUAGAAUGGCCAGCAUCUUCAAUAAUUCUUUCGUCACAAUAGUUGCAGCGAACGCCUCAGACUGCGGCGACGGCUUCUUUUCUAUAGCUGCGUAUCAAUGCCAGCUUCCCGUCGAACCUCCGCAUGAGGAUCUCCGAAAUACAGUCACUGUCCUAGAUACUGGCGUUAGUUUCAAGAAUGAGCCUAUCAAUCGCCGUGCCUGGAAUCUUCAAGAAUGGGAGUUGGCUCCCCGGCGGCUGGUUUUCACUUCAUCCACUAUUCAUUACAUCUGCUCUCAUUCACUUCUUGACAGAGGCAAGAUGACCCCUUUUUCGCAUUUACGAACCUUGGAUACAAAGAGAAAACAUUACAGAGUCGUAUUGGGACGGCCCUAUGCAGAAUUAUACAUCCCGAAGUCUCACCAACCCGGCCGACAAACUCUCUGCAAUAUAAGGAAUGGCUAG